GCCGACUAUGAAGAGCAGCUGACAAUAGGUGAUCUUUGCCAACCAUGAUUAUGCAGCCUAUCAUGGCAGGUCUCUGACCUUUGAGCCUCUUUGACAUUCUUUAUGCUGGCUCUGCUUCGGCUAUGAUCCUUUAGGAGAUUAAAGAAACUGGAUUCUUCUCUCACGAUGUCUGUUUAGCGCCAGUUCAGGCAUUGACAGGGCAAGUAUGGUAUGGAGCAGCCGCCAUAGUGCCAGGGGGCAGUUGGUUUUGUCAUGGACUUCCUUGUUUAUGUUACUCCUUCUUCUGGUGACAUCAUCUACCGGGAAGAGAAAGAGGGCAAGAGAGGCAGACGAUGGCUACGCAGAAUAUGCGACCACACCCAUUCCUCCCCUCGCAAAAGAAGAGGAAGACCCAUGCAAGAUGGACACGCCCCCUAUCGAGUUCCCAGAGAUCACCAGGGUGGAAAUGACGACAUUCAAGCAGUCAAAGCCGGCAAAGAUGGUGGUGUACAUCCGGUCAAAGUUUCCUAUUGAUCUGGUUUGGUACGAGCACGAGACGAUCAAGGUUGCCAAGAGACAGUUGUACAAGUACCCGGUCCCAAUAAUCAGCGACCACGACCAUGAGAUGGAAUACCUGAACAAGAAGAACAUGCAUCGGGCAGCUUUGAAAGUCACGAACGUCAAACACACGAAACAUGCUCUCUUCAACAGAUACAUGCUCGAGAUUCGUAUCAAGCAUCCAUGUCAUGACGUCCUUAUGCAACUGCGCAUGCCCAGUGACCAGGUAUUUCGGGGCAAGUAUAGCAGAAAGACGCGUCUUACACCGCCAAAGAUUGUAGAGGUUCCGAGGCAAUCUUACGAGUUUGUGUCCGGGCAUCAUAUCAAGUUCAAUUUCACCUUUAUCGUGAGCUCAUCAAAGCGAGUCAAUGCGCAGACCAUGUGUAAAAAAUACCGUGGUGGAUGGACAAAAUACAUUGACAGGGACAUUCAGAUUGGAGACCCCUACCCCAGUUUGAAGUAUUCCUGGAUGCCUCUGGUUCGGCGGAAGAAGAUCAACCGCGCCUUACCAACCAACAUGGCCUUCAACGACGAGAUCAAACGCCUCACCAAUACCAAUCUCUCGGUGAGCAGUGUCCUCAAGUUCGAUCCUGCGCUGACAGUCAGUGACGGUCUUUAUAUGUACUCGUGGACUUUACCAGUUCGGAUCGUUGCAAGGACGUACAGGGUCACCCUUGUCGUGUUUAGCGAACUUGUCAGACAUACCAAGAUCGCUCCCGCUGUCAAAAUAGAAUCCUGCGACAAACACCUACAGAAGUACGACACAUUACUCAACCGGAUCCUACCACUUCGACGACAGCUCGCAAACUGCAUUGCUUGCACAGCUUCCGGUAUUGGUUUACCAGAACCGGAAAUAACAUUGAAACAAUCGGAUAUGACGUUGCGGAAGAAGCUUUCGCCACUGAGUAAGAAAGUGUACGGGAAGACCUUUGCUCGGGCGGAGUUUCCUCUCGGGAAGGUGUCCCAUGGCAAUCAUGGCCAGUACAUUUGCACGGCAUCCUACUUGAACGGAUUGCUGCGAUACAGUUUCAUCUUCACAGUGGUUACCUACGAAGCGGCAAAUAUUGUCAGGAGCCGGCCUGACUCGAUCGUCAUAAGAAAACCAACUGAGAUCACGUACUAUUGCAAGGCAGACGGCGACCCAAUGCCGAAGAUUCAAUUCUUCAUCGGCCGGAACUCCUCGCGCCUGUUACAGUUUCUUCCACUCAACACAACAGCAGAGGGCUGGAAGGAGAUCCACAAAUCACAGAACGUCACCAUCAAGGCCAAGGUCGAACAUCCGGAGAACGUGCUCGUUGCGAAGCUAAUUCUAGACAAGGCUACCAAGAUUGAUGCGGGUGGUGAGGGUUGGGACUACAAGUGUCUUGCUAGGAAUGAGUACAGCUAUGACUUGGCUACCAUGUCUAUCUUUUAUAAACACCCCUGGGAAACUUAAGGUUUGGCAGACCAACUUCGUAGCACAACCCAGAAGCUCUAUCUUAUCUGCUUUCGUCGGUUCGAGUUUAUCCAUGUCAAGUGGAAUCAUAUUUCUCAAUGUCAGCAUCAUCUUUCUCCGCGCUCACCUGACGUGUGACAUGACACAGAGCUCGGCAUCUCUUGUUGAAAACAGCAAUUUCGCUAUCGACUUCCUCUACCAAUUGGCGAACAAGACGUUUUUGGCGCAACUUUACAUUUCGCUGAUAUUGAGAAAGAAUCAAAGCCUGUGAAAUUCUACCAAAAAAAAGGUUUCCCAAUAAAUACACUUU